CGGCCACCGAGGGCGCGCGGCGUCGCGCACCGAGCAUCAUGUCCUGGCUUUUCGGCAUCAAGGGCCCCAAGGGCGAAGGCACAGGGCCUCCGCUGCCCCUGCCGCCCGCGCAGCCUGGGGCGGAGGGCGGCGGCGACCGUGGAGCGGGCGACCGGCAGUCGCCCAAGGACAAAUGGAGCAACUUCGACCCGACCGGCCUGGAGCGUGCGGCCAAGGCGGCGCGCGAGUUGGAGCACUCGCGCCAUGCCAAGGACGCACUGAGUCUUGCACAGAUGCAGGAGCAGACAUUGCAGCUGGAACAACAGUCUAAGCUCAAGGAGUACGAAGCUGCUGUGGAGCAGCUGAAGAGUGAGCAGAUCCGAGUUCAAGCCGAGGAGAGGAGGAAAACCCUGAGUGAAGAGACACGGCAACACCAGGCCAGGGCUCAGUACCAGGAUAAGCUAGCUCGGCAACGCUAUGAGGACCAGCUGAAGCAACAGCAACUUCUGAAUGAAGAGAAUUUAAGGAAACAAGAGGAAUCUGUGCAGAAGCAGGAGGCCAUGCGGCGAGCAACUGUGGAGCGAGAGAUGGAGCUGCGACAUAAGAACGAGAUGCUGCGUGUGGAAGCUGAGGCCCGAGCCCGGGCCAAGGCUGACCGAGAGAAUGCUGACAUCAUCCGGGAACAGAUUCGCCUCAGGGCUGCUGAACACCGCCAGACUGUCCUGGAGUCUAUCAGGACAGCUGGCACCUUGUUUGGUGAAGGAUUCCGUGCCUUUGUUACAGACUGGGACAAAGUGACAGCUACGGUGGCUGGAUUGACACUACUAGCUGUUGGACUCUAUUCUGCCAAGAAUGCUACUGCAGUUGCUGGUCGGUAUGUUGAGGCCCGCUUGGGAAAGCCGUCCCUGGUGAGGGAGACCUCCCGCAUCUCAGUGCUGGAGGCAUUGAGGCAUCCCAUCCAGGUCAGCAGGCGGCUGCUCAGCAGACCGCAGGAUGCUCUGGAGGGCGUCAUCCUUAGUCCUGGCCUGGAGGCACGGGUACGCGACAUUGCCAUUGCGACAAGAAACACCAAGAGGAACAAAAGCCUGUACAGGAAUGUUCUGAUGUACGGGCCACCAGGGACUGGCAAGACACUGUUUGCCAAGAAACUCGCACUGCAUUCGGGCAUGGACUACGCCAUCAUGACCGGCGGGGACGUGGCCCCCAUGGGGCGGGAGGGCGUGACUGCCAUGCACAAGGUCUUCGACUGGGCGAGCACCAGCCGACGAGGCCUCCUGCUCUUUGUGGAUGAAGCAGAUGCCUUCCUGCGGAAGCGAGCGACUGAAAAGAUAAGUGAAGACCUCAGGGCUACUCUGAACGCAUUCCUCCACAGGACAGGACAGCAUAGUAGUAAGUUCAUGCUGGUCCUGGCCAGUAACCAGCCUGAGCAGUUUGACUGGGCCAUCAAUGAUCGCAUUGACGAGAUGGUCUGCUUUGCCCUGCCACGGCGGGAGGAGCGCGAGCGCCUGACGCUUGAAGGUGGCCCAGUUUGACUACGGAAAGAAAUGCUCAGAGGUGGCCCAGCUAACAGAGGGAAUGUCAGGCCGGGAGAUUGCUCAGCUCGCUGUGGCAUGGCAGGCUAUGGCAUAUGCCUCUGAGGAUGGCGUCCUCACGGAGGCCAUGAUGGAUGCACGUGUGCAGGAUGCUGUUCAGCAACACCAACAGAAGAUGCAGUGGCUUAAAGUAGAGAGACCUGAUGCUGAGGCCAGCAAGCCAGUGUUUCCUUGACUCCUCAGCUGCUGAGCCAGACCUGGACACCGUGUACACCUGCCCGGGGAUGCCAGUCUCUGUGACUGCACUAUUCCUCCCUCUGUCCCUGUCCUCUUUGGACUCUGUAAGAGACCAGCAGUGCCCUGAAUGCCUCUGCCCAGCUGUGGGAUGCUGGUGGUGUCUGUUUCUCAUGGGCGCUGGCAGAGGAAGGCAUACAUACUGCGUUCCUGCACCCCAGUACAUGGUGAGACAUGUCUACAAACCUACAUCAGAGAAGAGAGAAAGCAGAGUGCUGGCACCAUAAGCCGGUGGCUAUGCCAGCAGCACAGGGCCUGCAGGGACCAGACUAAAGGCAGGAGGGGCCUCUGCUUCCUGGGCAUUGCUCUUGCCAUGCGUACAUCUGUGCCAAGAACUGGCCCAGUCCUUACUUGGUAGGGUGGGUCUGGUGCUAGACAGCCCAUGGCUAGUGGCACCCAGGCUUCAGAGCUGCUGCCUUCCCCUGGGCUCAGUCUGGGUCGUUUAAAUCCAGAACCUAAUAAAACUGUGACUGAUUUGCAGUUUGUG